UCAACGAAUAAGUAGUUUUAUGAAAUAGAUAAAAUGCCGGUAGGACGUGGUGCUUUAAUAGUUUUCGAAGGAUGCGACAGAGCAGGAAAAUCUACUCAAGUAAAAAUGUUAAUAGAAGCUUUGAAGAAGCGAAGCAUUCCUACAGAAGCGCGAGCUUUUCCAGAUAGAACCACUCCUAUUGGAACAUUGAUAAAUAAUUUCUUAUCUAAGAAACAAGAAUUUUCUCCUGAAACAGCACAUUUGUUAUUUUCUGCAAACAGAUGGGAAUGUAAAGAAGAUAUUUUAAAUAGCUUAUACAAUGGUACUACUGUUGUCAUUGAUAGAUAUGCAGCUUCAGGUGCUGCUUAUACAUCAGCCAUAAGUGGCAGAUGUUUAAAUUUUUGUAAAACACCUGAUAAAGGAUUACCUUCUCCAGAUCUUGUUAUACUACUUAAGAUUUCAGAGGAAUCUCAAUCUACACGUAGUAACUGGGGUAAUGAACGUUAUGAAUAUAGCAAGCUUCAACAGAGUGUUGCUAUAAACUAUGAAAAACUGAUAGAGCAAUCAUGGAGUGUUAUAGAUGCUAAUCAAGAAAAAUCAACAAUACAUUCUCAAGUACUGCAACAGGUACUAGAUACUAUAGAAAAAGUUAAAAGUUUACCCAUAGAAAAGUUAUAUACAGCACAAAAUUGAAAA